AUGCCUGACAACUCCGCCUCCGCCGGCCCGGGCUCCGCCCCGCCGCCGUCGGCGUGCGUGGCGCUGCACGUGGCGCUGCUGGAGCGCGCGGGCUACAUGCGCGGCGCCGGCGCGGGGCGCGCGCACGCCGCCUACCGCGCGCUGGUGCUGGCGCUGACCGGCGCCUACCUGCUGCAGGAGGCGGCCUACGCGGUGCGCGCGCGCCGCGACCUGGGCGAGCUGGCGCGCGUCAUGUUCCUGCUGCUGUGCCACGUCACGGCGCUGGCCAAGCAGCUGGUGCUGCGCGCGGACGCGGCGCGCGUGCUGGCGCUGGUGCACAGCUUCGACGGCAGCGCGCGGGGGGCGCGCGGCGGGCGGGGCGCGCGCGCGGCGGCGCUGGAGCGGGCGCUGGCGGAGCGCGCGCGGCGCUUCGUGUGCGGCUACGCGGGCUGCGCCGUGCUGACGUGCGCGCUGUGGCUGCUGUUCGCGCUGAGCCGGCGCGCGCGCGGGCUGCCGGUGCGCUUCCCCUUCUGCACCGGCGUGGACACGGAGCCGCUGCCCGCCUUCGCGGCGGUGCUGCUGUACUCGUUCUACGUCACCACGCUGGUCGGCAUCGCAAACACCACCAUGGACGCCUUCAUGGGGACCAUCCUCUACCAGUGCAAGACGCAGCUCACCAUCCUGAGAUACGAUCUGGAGACGCUGCCAGAGCGUGCGGCGCGCGAGGUCGGCGACAGCGGCGAGGGCGGGCGCGAGGCGGCGCUAAUGAGACUGUUCGUGGAGUGCUAUCACCAUUACCACAAAGUGACCGAAACCGCUGCUUUGUUUCAAGAAAUCUUCGGAGGCGCGAUCCUGAUCCAGUUCGGCAUCGGAGGCUGGAUCCUGUGCAUGGCGGCCUACAAGCUGGCGAGCCUCAGCGCGCUGAGCAUCGAGUUUGCGUCCAUGCUACUGUUCCUGACGUGCAUCCUCACCGAGCUGUUCGUGUACUGCUACUGCGGCAACGAGCUAGCGGUGGAGAGUGAUCGCAUCGUGUGGUCGGUCUACGCCAUGUCGUGGGAGCACACGCCGCCACGCUUCCGCCGCUGCCUCGUGCUGCUGAUGGAGCGCGCGCGCCGCCCGCUGCGUCCCGCGGCCGGCCGCGUCGUGCCGCUGUCGCUCGACACUUUCCUCAAGAUAUUAAAAUCCUCUUAUACGUUCUACGCUGUACUCCGUCAAACAAAAUAAAAAGCUUCGCACACAUUUCACAAAACAUACGAGACAACAUACCAGCUUCCACUACCGCCAGGAGCUCGCUAGCGCGCUCAGCGUCGCUCCGAGCAAGAUGUACUCCCUCAAAAGAAAAAACUAUUUCUUCAUAUCUGUGUUAAAAAUAAAUUUAAUACGAAAAAACAAGCUUUAAUAAAAAUCCAAACUACAAAACAAUUUAGACGACUUCAAAGAUGCAUUACUGUAACACUUUUUUGCACCGCCUUCAAGUUAAUCAAUUGAAAGGACUUAGGUACGGUGUUAUUUUUCGCUUUGUAGAGUAAUGCAUCUUUGAAGUUGGUUUAAUUUUAUUUAUUAACACGUUUAUAUUAGCUUCACAUGUAUACUACUACUACCUAUGUGUGUAACAAAAUCUUGGAAUCUUAAUUUGACCCCUUUCCGGUCUUCGACCGGGAUGAAAUUUUGCACGCGCUCUGAGUUCUGAUGAAAAUACAUGGCUAGCUUACAAACCCAAUAUGGCGGCCUCUCCAAGAUGGCGGACUAGCUGUUCGAAAUCCACCCCCAUGAUAUGGAUAUCAAAUGAAUAGGUUUGCUGUCAGGAAUAUGCAAAAAAUAGUCACGUGACUUAAAUCUAAUAUUGUGAACGUCCAAGAUGGCGGACAGUCUAUUUGAAAUGCAUCCCCGUGAUAUGGGGAUAUAUUAAGCGUGUUUUUUAAACUAUUCAUGUUUUUUUUAAAGAUUUGAUUUUUCUGUUUUCAAAAUAUUCUAGCAUAGUGACCAUAAUUGCCACAAUGUGGGCAAUUUCGUUAACUUAUGUAAGUUAUUUAGUUUUUAAACAAAAUUACUGAACCCUAGUUAGUAUAUACGGGUGUAAAGUAUGUACGGGGUAUAUAGUUGUGUACAGGUUUUUGUUAAAGGACGAGAUACGAGUAUAUAAAAAUGUAA